AUGGGCGCAUUCGCAGGAGCAUUCGCAGCACUCGUGUACCUGGCACUCGCCGGGGUCGAGAUCACGGCGUUGUUUAAGCUUGCUCUUUUCGGGCCUGCUCUGUCCAAGGCCAAGGACCUGCUGACAACCGACGCCUGCUUCGCGCAUCCCGGCAUGCAGUCCUACCCCUGGCUGGGACGCUACUUGAACCAGAUGCUGUGCACGAUCAACUUGAUUUUCGAUUCGGGCGCGAACGGGCCCAAGCCUCCCGCGGUGCUGCUUAACACCUUUGGACCUCUGUUCAUGACUGCCGUUGCGAUUGCGACCUUUGAAAGCUUCCGCAACGUUCACCGUGCAAACAAAGGCAUCAGCGGACUGAUCUCGCGCGCUGCGAGCUUCUUCGUCCUCCUCGGCCAGCGAUACACUGCCGGGUUUGCGCUCCCGCUUCAGCGUGCGUUCAUUUCAUGGUCUGGUCGCCGCCUUGGUAACGACGCCGGUGACAUCGAAGAGCUCAAGGCCCGCGUCCCCGAGGCGAAGUACAUCUGGUCGACCUACAUCGCUCUCACCCUUGGAAUGGCUAUCCCGACGCUGUACAUGCAGGUCGAGAAGUUUGCGUACCCAGCACUCAGUAUCUGGCAGCCGUUCCCUCUCUACGUGCUCGCGCUGAACAUUAUUCUCCCGCCCCUCUUCUCGUGGACGCGCAACCGCUACAUCCCCACCGUACUCCUGACUGCUCUCCUGGUCUUUGCCUCGGCCCGCAGCAACCACGAGCUCGUUAAGGGUAUCGCGGCCGGCCAGAUCAACCUCCGCGAGGUCUUCCUCCUCGACCAGCCCAAGGACACUUUGACGUUGUCGCACGGUGCUCACGUUCUUUUCGCCAUUGACAUGGCUGCCGUCUUUCUUCUCAGCACCUUCACUGUGCUCUUCGGGUACGGCGCUGGCAUUGGCGGUUUCAUCGCCUCUGCGCUUCCGUUCGCCGCUGCGACUGCCCUGCUUGGCCCGGGAGGCUCGUUCGCCCUCUUCUGGGGCAUUAAGGAGCUCGGCCGCCAGCGCGCUCUCGCCAAGGCGACCCCGACUCUGGGCAAGAUCAAGACAAACUAA